AUGUGCGGCAACUCGACACGCCUUUCCGCAGGCGGCACCAUUGCCGUCUUACGCCCUCCGCCGCACGAGUCGCAACCAUCCACCGCCAGCUGCAACCUCUUCUUCCAGAAUCCCGGCGAGCUCCGUGGCCGCACACGCGCCGUCUUCCAGGCCGACGAUGGUGGCUGCUUCGACAACUUCAUGGGCUAUUUCAUGCUGAUCCACCACAACGGGGACCUGCUCGCGCGACCGUCGCUAAGCGAGGCCGCCAGCAACGCUCUCUACGCCAUCCAACUCAGGCCCGCCGUGGACGAACACCAGAGCCUUGCCCAGCUGGACCUGGCCCAUGUGCUUGACCUGUCCGUUGGUGACAGGGGCGUCAUUGGCAGGAAGGUGUCUAUCGUCACAGAUUUGAAGGACACCGGCACCACUCUGGCUGAGGGCAUCAUUGGCUGGAACUGA